CAUGUACUGUAAAUAAUUAUAUCAUUUUAAAUCAUUAAAGAGAUCACCAUAUCAUGUUUUCAUUUUUAAUUUUAACCCGAGUGAAUAUCAGUGUAAAUGUGAUUGCUUUAGAGGGGCCGCGCACACUCAGCAGUGACGCAUAUUCACAAUCAGAGGCUCACUGUGAACAGGCACAGCAACACAGAUAGUACUGAAGUGGGAAGUUCCAGAGCACAACGUACUAAUAAACUUAAUUAAGCACCGAUAGAACAAAAGUUAGUGACAAUCAUACCGGUUGGUAUUUGCCAUCUCAAAGUCAAGUUAAAUUGAGCGUUAGUCCAGUAUGAUCUGGAAUUGGUCUAUUGGUAUAGUUUGUGCAAAUGUCAUGUUAUAGAGUGCUAAUGCAGUAAUAGAAAGUCUUUGUGAGAAUGUACUUAGUGUUUUUCUGCUCCUGAACAUUCAGGAUAACAUGAUUAAUUGGGCUAAAAGAGACUGGGAUUAUUAUUGGUUACAAGGAAUAAUAAAACAGCUCUAAGACUUCAAUAAUUACAUCUGAUUAAUAUCAGCUGGCUGGAGAAAGUCAGAAAAUAGGUCAUGACACAAUCAGAGGUGAAUGUUGGAGGGUUGGUGCUUCAGUGGUUAAUUUCACUGACACACUCAAACCAUAUUGACUUUUUAGCAAGUGUACAUCUAGAGUGAUAUCUAUGUGAGUCAGUGAACUUUGAUACCAUAACCACACUUGCAUGCCCCGUUUGUCAACGCACCUUCUGCCAGAUAAAUACCUCUGAUUUGUACUUGUGUCUACGUACACCGUUUACAAUGUUUAUUCCUUUACAGCAACAGUUUCCUUUUCAGAGAAUGCAAACAGGAAAUUAUAGAAGAUUGCCAGGAAAUUAUAAAAAAAAAUGCUUAAUUUUAGAACGGCGUAACUUCCUUGAUGCAUUUAUGGCACCCUUUAUACAACAUUCAGAUUAUGACUGUCAGCAGUUAUGGAGAACUGUCCUUGAAAGGCGAAUGUUUUCUAGUUUAUGCAAAGACAUUGGUCUGUAGAAUAAUAUAAUAACAGACGUCGCGAUCGCCAUACUGCGCUUGCGCAACAGAAGCAUCAGAUCAACAAAAGUAUUUGCUACUCUUUCUCCAUAUUUGUACAUUAAAUCUCGGACACCUCUAAAAAAAAACACUAUAUGUCGUUCCCAGACUCUGAGUCAAAACAAAGCGAGCAACAAGCUUUGUUUUAAACGAAGACGGAAGUGUGCAGGAGUGACCCCUCUCUUCCAGUCUGGUGGCUCAGAUUACUGUGCCUCCAUCUACAGCACCUGAAGUCUUCUGGAGCACAACAAGGCUAUAUGAUGAAUUGAAACUGAUAUAAAAGAAUAUUAAGAUGUGAAGUUUUGGUGAAAAUGGUACUAGUACUUGUAAAAAGUAUUUUUAAGUUCCAUUUUAUGAUACUUUAUAUGUCUACAAUAUUUCAGUGGAAGGUAUUGUACUUUUUAUUCUACUACAUUUAUUUGAUGGGAAAAGUUACAAGUUACUUUUUUGAUUCAUAUUUUACAUGACAAAAACAUAUGAUAAGCUAUAUUAAAUACAAUGCAUUGUGUAGUGUUAAACCACUGAUUUCUAACCUAAAACAUUGAGGCCACUUGUCAGAUGUAGGUUAUAGGGUUUGUUUGCAUUUCCACCAAAGAGAUCUCACCUCUAAACUUAUCAGAUGUUUUAGCUUUAAAUAAGUGUCUGAAGCUUAAAGAAGCGUUUUUGUUGUUUGUUUUGUUUUGUUUUUUCAAAAAAAAAAAAAGAAAAAAGUGAAGAUUAUAGAAAAGUCCAAAAAUGAAUACAAAUGUAUGGAGCAGAACUUUGUAUUUUCUUUCUUACCCCAUUGAUUAUUUCAGGACCCCACAGAUUUAUCUUUUGACCCUUUGCAGGGGACUCGAACCCUAGGUUGGGAACCACUGUAUUAAACUUAAAGUUAAAAUUAGCUCCAGCAGUAAAAUUAUACUUAUGCGCGGCUGCAUCAAUAUUAACAGUCUAAUAAUAUAACACUCAUGAGAGCCAUUUUCUGCAGUACUCAUUGCCAAUGAUAAGUCUGUACUUUUACUACUGUAAGGUAAUUUAGAGUAAACUUUUAAAUACAGGGCUUUUAAUUGUAAUGGAGUAUUUUUACAUUUUUAUACUUAUACUUUAAAAAAGGAUCUGAAUACUUCUUCCACCACUGCCAAUAGAUUAGUCUGUCUAGAGGUGGGCAUGUGCCAACAGUCUACAGGUUUUUAUUCCAUCCAAACACCAGGAUCUCAUCAGUGACAUCACCUGCUGAGGUGAUGGCUGCAAUGCAAUCCUGCAGACUGUUGGUUCUUCCUGGCACAUGGUUGGCCACCUUUGAUCUAGAGCAUCCUCCUGCAGCUCAGGUGGAUCAUUUCAAAAAAUUCUGCACCAUCACCGCUGUCCAGGGUGCUGAUCCUGGGACCCCCGGGGAUGAGGGAGCUAUCCAAGGUGCUCGUUGUUGCUUUACCAAACAACAAGUUAUUUAGGAAAGUUGCCAAUAAAUUCUGCUCCAAGUAUCUGUGCACCACUUUGACAACUUAUUUCCAUCUUUUUCAUCGAUGUUGCCAGGCUGUGUCUGUGCAGUAGCAGCAGCUCGGACUAUUCCUGCUUUAAACACAUUUCCUGGUUUCGUGCUGGUUUGUGAUGAAAUGUUCCUAACAAGUAAAACCAACCUUGCGCUUCAAUAAUUCAUCUGGCGCUGAAUUAAUUAUUGAAAUAUGCGCGGCCAUUGGGAGAAAGAAAUGUCAGUGGUCUCCCGUGUUUGACCAAUAGGCGAGAGAGAUCCCGCACUCCUGCCGAGUUUCGACCAAUCAGAGCGACUCUUCCUCCAUUUCCUGUUGCGGACCUGGAGUUGGACAGAGCAUUCCUCUGCCUCAGAAUGGGAAUUAAUUACCACAGUGGGAAUGUGUAUGAAUGACUUUUUCAAUCCAAAGGUGUUGCUCGCGACAGAGCCUUAUAUCAUGGGCCUCCGAGAUGACAGGUAUCGGCUGUUGCGCCUGAUGUCAUGACGCGUCUGUUGAUACUCCCUUGACAACAGCGGAUCGGAUACCAAUAUUCAGGGGCCACCAUGCCCAUCACGCUGCUGUGGGCCGUGGAUGUGUACGGCAGGGUGUACAGUGUUUCCACAGCCUGCCAGCGAUGGGAGCGCACCGACGACAUGCUUCUAGAGCUCAAGCGCGUCACUGCGGGGAAGGGGCGCUGCUGGGGCAUCGGCUGUGACCACCAUGUAUACCUCAACAUGAUGCCCCACGAGACCCCUAUCCGCUACCGGGAGGAGACCUAUGAAAACCAGAGAUGGAAUCCAGUGGAUGGCUUUACUGACACGCUGCUGCCCACCGACCGCUGGCCGUGGAGCGACGUGACCGGGAUGAAUCCCCAACCGCUCCACAGCUUCGAGCUGCCCUCCCGCAGCUGGGAGUGGGAAGGAGACUGGUAUGUGGAUCAGAGCUGUGGAGGAGAACCCAGCCAGACUGGGGGCUGGGAAUAUGCAGUCGACUUCCCGGCUAACUUCUCCCCAGAUAAGAAGUGGAACUCUUGUGUUCGUCGUAGGCGUUGGAUCCGCUACAGAAGAUACAUAGCACAAGGCUCCUGGGCAAAGAUCCCCUUGGACAAUCCCAGGAAACCCCCGCUGCCGCUCUGUGACAUCAGCUGUGGUGGCUGGGAGAUGAGUGACCAGUCUGGAAGGUACCCCUACCUCUGGGGUGUGUCCCAGCAAGGACAGGUGUGGUUCAGGGAGGGCAUCCAACCUCGGGUCCCAGAGGGCUCCAGCUGGGAGGAGGUAGAAGUGCCCAAGGAGGUGGCUCAGAUAUCGGUUGGUCCCAGAGACCUGCUGUGGGCUUUACUCUGGGAUGGGAACCUGCUGGUCCGUACUGGUCUCAGCCUGGACAGCCCAACUGGCACAUCAUGGGAAGAGGUGGAAUCACCAGGAAAGGGGGUUGAAGCACUUCAUGUGGCUGUUGGAGUCAGUGUGGUCUGGGUGGUCACUAAAGACUACAAGGUGUGGUUCAGGCGCGGCGUGAAUUCCCACAACCCCUGUGGCUCAGGAUGGAUCAGCAUCGGAGGGGAGAUGAUGAUGGUGGAUGUAGGACUCAAUGACCAGGUUUGGGCAGUCGGCGAGGACCGCGGCCUGUAUUUCAGAAUGGGUGUGACCCCAUCUGAACCAAGCGGGAACGGCUGGAUACCUGUUUCUGCCCAGUGGGGCAAUAGCAAAGAGCUUAUCCCGCCCAGGGAUGACUGUGAGUUUAGUGGACAGCUGACAGAGGCCUCUCAAGGCUCAGUUUUGAGCUGCACUGACUCGGACUCGGAGGUAGGCCCCACUGACCCGCAAAACAGCACUAAUGACACCCCAAUCCUGGAAGCAGCAGACCCCGCUGUAGUCCCCUUAGGGGGAGCUGACACACCUACACUUCCCCUGGAGACAGAAGACACUCCCUUAACCGCCCAACAGGAUGCCCCCAAGCCCUUCAUCCCCGCCAGCGACAGUUUCAUUAACAGCCUGGUCUCGGACCGCGAAAAAAUUUCCACGCCCCAACCGUCCAUCGCAGAGAUACCUCAGGAAGAGGUUGAGGAGCCCUCACUAGCCCCGAUACUCCCAACCCCUGAAGCCACUGGACACAGCGUCCCCUGGAGUAACGUGGAUCUGGAGGGGACAGAGGCAGCUCGAAGUGCACGGGCGGCGGGGCCCUCAUCGGGCGAAGGCAGCGCUGGUGCCACCUAUGCCUUGGGUCUGGAGACCUCUCAGGGUGUUGGGGAAGAGGAUGGGCCAGUUUGGACCUGGAUCUCCGGUGGAGGCUGCGAUGUAGAAGCGAAUUCACAGAUCAGCUGGCUCAGUCCUACAGGUCCUCUCACCAGUUCUUUGUCACUGACGCCCGUCCAAUCAGCAGCCUGGAGCGAGCAGCAGCAGCAGGAACACAGAGAGGAGAUCAACAAGAAACCGCUGGAAAGGAGCAAUUCGGUGUGGGUGCGUAAAGGUGCGCUGCGCUGGUGGAGAGACUGGAAGCCUCAGCGGUGGGUGGAUGUGGGCGUCGCUCUGGAGCAGUCCACCAAGUCUGACGGCAGGAAGGACAGUAUUUUCUUUGUCUACUACACACAAUAUGAUGAGAAAAAGUACCUUCAUGUGUUUAUAAAUGAAGUGACGGCGCUGGUUCCAGUGCUCAGGGACUGCCACUAUGCCUUUGCUGUGUACACAGCUCAAAGGACCAAAGAGAGGUGGCCUCUGGUCCUGGCGGCACAAACUGAAAAGGACAUGAAUGACUGGUUGAGCCUGUUGUCUGACUGUUGCUGUGAGUGUCGAGGGAUCACAGGCCCCCCAUCCAGACAGGCCCUGUGGUCCACAACCUCAAAAGGAGACAUUAUGGUCCAUGAGCCGUCCUUCUCCCUGGAGGCCGCUGCACACACACUGGCCUGUGACCUCAUGUUCUGGCGGCAGGUCCCGGGUCACCUGUGUUGUGUAGAGUCUAACAGUCUGGGACUGGUGUGGGGCAUCGGGUGGGAUGGAACCGCCUGGGUCUACAGUGGGCACUAUGGGCAACCGCCCACCCCGGGAGAUGCAGUUCAGUUGCACCAGCAGAUCGACAUCAGGAGUGUACAUGUGUAUGAGAAUCAAAGAUGGAACCCUAUGACCGGAUAUUCUGACAAAGGACUUCCUACCGACCGCCCUAUGUGGAGUGAUGAGAGCGGAUUGAAAGAGUGCACUAAAGGCAACACACACCCACCCUCCCCUCAGUGGUCGUGGGUGUCAGAGUGGGCUGUGGACUACAAUGUCCCAGGAGGGACAGACAAAGAAGGCUGGCAGUACGCUGCAGACUUCCCUGUGACAUUUCAUGGCCACAAAACCAUGAAAGAUUUUGUUCGUCGCAGAAGAUGGACACGGAAGUGUAAGAUCACAUUGAGAGGUCUGUGGCAGCAGGUCCCACCCAUCCCUCUGAGUGACAUCUCAUUAAUGCCAUGCCUGGCCCAGAGCAAGAUGGAGCAGGUCCCUGUCUGGGCCCUCAGUGAUAAGGGAGAUGUCCUGUGUCGGCUGGGAGUCAGCCCCCAAAACCCUGCGGGCAGCUCCUGGCUACAUGUAGGCACAGACCAGCCCUUUAAGUCCAUCUCCAUCGGCGGAGCAAAUCAGGUGUGGGCCAUCGCCAAGGAUGGAGCUGUGUUCUACAGAGGAUCUGUGUCCCAGCAAAACCCUGCAGGGGAAUGCUGGUACCACAUCCCUUCACCUUCAAAGCAGACCCUUAGGCAGCUGUCUGUGGGUCGGACCUCUGUCUUUGCUGUGGAUGAAAACAGUAACCUGUGGUACAGACAGGGCCUCACCCCGAGCUACCCUCAGGGCUCCGCCUGGGAACUUAUCUCUAACAACGUCACCAAGGUUUCUGUGGGACCACUGGACCAGGUGUGGAUCAUAGCAGACGGGGUUCCAGGCUUCCCUGCUGAGACUCCUGGAGCUGUCUGCCACAGGCUGGGGUUGGGACCCAUGCAACCCAAGGGCCAGUCCUGGGACUAUGGUAUAGGGGGAGGAUGGGAGCACAUCAGUGUGAGGGGGAACUCAGCAGAGGCUCCUCGCGCCCCUCACCCUCCGCCUGCUGGCUCCUCGCGCAGCCCACUCCCCCCGCGGCCUCCGAAGCAAGCAAACGGAAACGCUGUGGGUGUGUAGCACCCUCCCAUCUCCUCUCCUCUGCCCCAGCUCUGUCUGUGCCUGGAUCCAUAUUUGUCUACUCGGACCCAUUCCUGAACGCCCUUAUCCCUUCAUGUAAAGGGAAUGCACAAUCAUACCAUUGAGUUUAUACUUUGUUGUUUGGUUGGAUUUGACACUUGAUCGAUGGCUGAAUGUUACUCCCUGGCUUGUUUCCCUGGCAGAAGUCAUGUCAGUAUGCAGUAAUGACAAACAGAAAAAGGGAGCAUAAGAGCAUUAACGUACAAUGGAUCUUGAUGUCUGGUAGUAUAAGAUUUUAAAAAGUGAGUGCAUGUGUUUGCUCUUACUAGGCUUUGACUACUGGAUUUUUUGGGAUCUAGCAAUAGCUUUUAUUUAUUCUUAUAUAUACAAUAUCCUGUGAAAACCUAAGAGGGUGGGACUUUGCUAAAGGGCUGCGGCUUGGGUACCAAAUUUGUUUUCUUACACACAAUCCCACUGUAGCCUAAAUUGUCUUGGUUUCUAGAAUAUUGUUGUUUUGUUUGUUUUUGUGUUUGAUUUUCUUGUCAUUCUUUUGCAUGUGAUUUCAAUUAUGGAUUUAUGCAUUCGUUUGAUUUUGUUUCUCCAUAUGUUUGGGCCUAUUAUAUGUUUGCAAUUGAGUGUUUUUGCCCAUAUUGCUACAAAAAGCCUUCUUAAUAUUGAGGACCUUUUCAAAAGGACUGGCAAAAUUUGAGAUAUUCAUACUAUAUGAAAACACAUUGCUCUACAAUUACAGGUGGCUGCAGAGGAAAUAUAUAAAAAAAACUGCAAUUCAGUAUACAUCACCACAUAAUACCUCUUGGCUCCUGCAAUAAAGAAGUUCUUCCUGUUAGUAUUAUGUCCGAAACUGCUAUGACCGUUACUGUUGAAACAGCAGGUCCAAAUGUCACCAUGACUGGACAUUCAUCUUACAAGGGCAUUAAAAUGUGAAAUAAAAGUCUAAAAAU